CAUAAGAGUUUUGAUGGCGACCAACACACAACGCUGACCUCAGAUGAUGUGCUGCCCCCUCCUGGUGACUUCCAGGUCCUGUUGCUGACAUUAGAUUCUGUGUCUCUGAGCUGGAGUUCUCCUCAGGGGCUGACAGGACCACAGACAUUCAGAGUGACCUGGGGGUGUGACGGUGAAACAAGCUCAUCAAGAGUGAAAGAUGUGUAUCAUCUUAAAAUAAGCAGUCUCCAACCUGGUGAAAAGUACCAGUUCAGUGUGGCCACAGAGGGAGAAGAUGGCAGACAAAGCAGAUGGGUCUCUGCAUCUGUAUUCACAGUGGUUCCACCCAGAGACUUAAAGGUAGACCAUUUGAAAGAUACCUCCUUCACUCUCCACUGGUCCGAGGCUGAAGGAAUGGAGAAAGUCCCACAGCGCUUCCUCAUAUCCUACUGCAGCCCAGGAACAGACCUCCAUGCAGAGAAUACUAAAGACUGCCACACAACAUUCUCAAACCUGCAACCUGGUACUGAGUACUGA